UGUCAGCACUGGUGAUCCUUUCUUUCUGCAUAUGGCGUGUGUCUAGAUUCAUAAAAUAAGGAUACUUCGCUGAUCAAAAUGCCACAGAACGAGUAUAUCGAACGUCACCGUAAACUCUUCGGUCGCCGGCUCGAUUAUGAAGAGCGUAAGCGCAAAAGGGAAGCUCGUGCGCCGCACAAGCUUUCUGAAAAAGCCCGAAGUUUGCGUGGUAUUAAGGCAAAGAUCUUCAACAAACAACGGCGUACCGAAAAGAUCCAAAUGAAGCGCAAAAUCAAAGCGCACGAAGAGAAGAAGGGCAAGAAGGAAGAUGAAUUGCCAAAUCAUGGACCAAUUCCAUAUUAUCUCCUCGACAGAAACAUAUCAACUAGCACGAAAGCGCUUUCCAACAUGAUAAAACAAAAACGUAAGGAGAAGGCCGGCAAAUGGGACGUUCCAAUUUCAAAAACCAGGACCCAGUCAGACGGAGAAGUCUUCCGAGUUUUGAGGAGUGGAAAGACAAAACGAAAAUCCUGGAAGAGGAUGGUGACCAAGGUGACUUACGUCGGGGAGACUUUUACUAGGAAGCCGCCAAAAUUCGAAAGGUUCAUCAGGCCAAUGGCCCUCAGGUUCAAGAAGGCCCAUGUCACACAUCCAGAGUUAAAAGCCACCUUCCAACUGCCGAUUAUUGGUGUCAAAAGGAAUCCAAAUUCAUCGCUUUUCACGACCCUCGGGGUCAUUACCAAGGGAACCGUCAUCGAGGUCAACAUUUCAGAGUUGGGAUUGGUCACUCAAACGGGAAAGAUCGUCUGGGGAAAAUAUGCUCAAGUCACGAACAAUCCGGAAAACGAUGGGUGUAUCAAUGCCGUACUGCUUACUUAAUCCAAAUUGUAUUUUUCGAUGUUUUGAAGUCAAUAAAAAAUUGUAUGAAA